AAUAUAUAUAUAUAUAUACAACAUGAGCCUUUCAGAACUCUCCGAUGAAUCGGAUAUUUCGUUUCCUGAGGAGGAGGACGAGGGUCCCAAUAUUGGCAAAUACAUAGGCGGUCGAAAUGCUGACGGACAACGUCAUGGACGUGGCUGGGCCAUUCUGCCUAAUGGGGAUCAGUAUGAUGGCAACUAUCGCAAGGGUCGCCGACAUGGCAUUGGUCUUUAUGUUUUCAAAAAUGGUGCUCGUUAUUAUGGACAGUAUCGUUGUGGUGUCCGUUGUGGCCGUGGCAUCUUCAUUUAUCCCGAUGGAUCCGUUUACGAGGGCAACUGGCGCAAGCAUCUGAAGCAUGGCAAGGGGCGCUACAACUAUGCCAAUGGAGACACCUAUUCGGGAGAUUGGUACAAGGGUCAACGUCAUGGUGUGGGCAUCUAUAGCUAUAAGACUGAGAAGGACAAUUGCUGCAUGUCUGUGCGUUUGAAGUCCACUUGGAACUCCAAUGUGCGCUUGGGUCCAUUUGAGCUGUAUAUUGGCAAUGAUGAUAAGUGCACCAUUCUGCACGGCAUCUGGGAUGCACUGUAUCCCACAGGUCCUUCCGUAUUUAGCUUCGACAAUCGUUAUAUGCUGCUUGGCUUCUUUUUGCCGGGCGAUUAUAAUCUUAAGGCUAUUGGCAACUCCGAAGAGGCUGAAGAGGAAGAGUUCAAUGUAGAGUACGAGGAUGAGGAUCAAGAAAUAGCUGAAAUGAAGCCAACAUUGUGGUUUGCACAGGAGAUUGCCAUCUAUGAUUACUCGCUGUUGCCACAGGAGCCGGUGCCAAUACCCAUCUCUGAUUCCGACCUGUCGGUCUGCUCGAUAACCACAGAGCCAAGUGUCGUUAGCCAGGAACAGAUAAGCUUCUAUGGCGAGGGUGAGGAAGGCGAAGAUGAGCUCGAGGGCGAAAUGGAAUGCUUCCCAUGCGAGUGUGAUUAUGAACUCAGUGAGCUGGAGACCGAAUCAGAGCCAUGUAAAAUCGAUGCCAGCCCUUGUGCCAUCGAGGUGCUAAGACAGCCCGAGUGUCCCAAUGUCUAGAAACUAAUAUUGAAUACAAUUAUCUUUCAAGAUCCACAUAACGAGAACUUAACAGAUAUUGUCUAAAAAUCACAUAAAAUAAACUAGCAUAUAUUGUUUGGCAUUCUAA